AUGCGAUUCCUGGUAGCUGUCCUCCUGCUGGCUACCGUAAUCGGGCUUUCCCUCGCACGAAUAUGCGAAAUUUUUCCUACCUGUGGGCGGGGGAAGCGUGCCGAACGUCUGGAACUCCGCCCUCCAACCGGUCAAUGCGAAACGGACGACGACUGCUGGCACGAAUUACAGACAUGUACUGAGCAGGAUUUUGGGUUGAAAUGGUGCGAAGUGACGAGGCGACCGUUCGAGCCCCAGUGGCCCUUU